AUGCUACAUUAAACAAUAAAGUGUUUUACAAAAUAACAUGUCGUAUUAAACAUAAAAAUGUUUGAUUAAUCCACGAUACUUAUGAAUUGUUAUACUUUUUGGUUGCUAACCAACGAUACAUUUAAAUCUGUUAAGCGUUCAACGUUUUUUAUGGACCAGUUCUUAAAGUUUAAACUGUACUUUGCUAUUUAAUAUGUCAACCACAAGAUUCCCAUGAAAUUCAUUGCAUGUUUUUUUAUUGUGAUAAAUACUAUCUGAUACUAUUACGAUGCUCUAUUAUUGUAUACACAUUAUAUUUAAUAUCGAGGAAAGCCACUGUCGUGGUGUUUAGUUUUCGCGGUAAACUAGUGAAGAAUAUAAGGAGAGUAAAGAAGAACAGUGAACAUAAAAACUACUCCCAUGCCGAGAAUUACGGCAUCAUGUUUGUGGAAAACUUAGAAAGAGAAUUUUACCGUUCAAUAAAAAAUGACAGAUGUUUGCUGUUAGUUAAUUUCGAUGUCGAUGCCAUUUGUGCCUGUAGAAUCCUGCAGCAACUUUUUAAAAAUGAUAACAUAAUAUAUACACUUGUGCCUGUGCAAGGCAUCCAAGAUAUGGUCCAUGCUUUUGAAGAAAAUUGUGAGGAGAUAAAGAAUGUUAUUCUUAUAAAUUGUGGAGGUACAUUAGACCUAGUGGAAUUGCUACAACCUGCAGAAUCUGUGAUAUUUUAUAUUCUUGAUAGCCACAGACCUUAUGACUUAUGCAAUGUAUACUCAGAAGAUCAAGUACGUAUACUUGGUAAACUUGAUGAGGAUGACGAAAUCCCACAGUAUAAUGAUGUCUUCAGGGAUGAUUCGUCUGAUGAAGAUGAAGCAGACGAAGAAUCAGAAAGUGGCGAAUCUGGGAGAAAAAGGAGGAGGUUGAAUGAAGAGGAUAUUAUUAAAAGAGCUGAAAGGAGACAGUGGUCUGAGAAUAGAGCAACUAUAUUAUUCAAUUAUACACAGUACAGUUAUUAUGGCAAAUCAAGUUCAAUGUUGGUUUUUGAAAUGGCAUGGCAUAUGUCGAAAGAUAAUUUGGACAUAGUAUGGUGGGCCAUAGUAGGUACCACAGAACAAGCAAUUCUUGGUAAAGUGGAGUCGAGAUUAAGUGUCCUCGACGAAGGUUCCCUUCAGGGCCAUGUAUCUAGAUUGACACAUAAACAAGGAGGUGAAGUUGAUAAGCAACAGCAACAUAGUACAGUCAGGAUUACCUAUGAUAAAGACCUUUUACUCGUGUUGUACCGACAUUGGACCGUAGAAGCUAGCCUUAGGCAUUCGAUACCAACUGCUGUAUCGUUACGACUUUGGUCGAUCAGAGGAGAACAACGGUUAAAGGAAUUAUUAGCAGAAAUGGGUUUACCUUUGGCGCAAUCGAAACAACGAUUUUCUGCCAUGGAUCUAGCACUUAGACAGGAAUUUAAGCAAAUGAUUGAAAAGUUAGCAGGAAAGUACAAGGUCAACACUGUAAUUGGAACCAGUUUCAUUCUUCAAUAUGGUUAUAAAUUUAAAUACUGUGCCUCAGACAUAGUUUACGCUAUGCUUGCUUUAAUGGAAUCCUCUUCAAAGGAAAAGUUACCGCAACGCUGUUUUUUAGAUGCACUGGACUGUUUAUCGCGGACAAAAAAAGACAUUUUAGAGAGUGGCAUAGAAAAAGCAAAAUUCAUGCUUAAUAGUAUUUUUAAGACUGCACAGAAUAUUUUACAAAUGAAACAAAUUAGAAGCGCCGGUUCGUUUCUGUACGUAAUUAUCUCGGAGGGAGCGGCCGACAAUUAUGUAUUCGCGCAUCCAUAUCCGUUAGUAAUGUUAGCGCAGUUUAUUUUAAAAGCAUACGUAGACUCUUCAAAGAAUAGACGAGCAUUGGAAUGGCCACUCGUAGCGUCUUCUACAUGUAAUGCAGAGAAAGGUACAUGCCUCAUGGUUGGUAUACCACCAGUGUGCGAAGAUCAACCAAGAAGUUUAUUUGGAAGAGCAUUUGAACAAGCAGCUCGAAAUACAAAUUGUUACAUAGACGCAGAUUACUUUGACACUACAAUAAUAAGACUGAAAAUUGACGAGAGAUCGAAAUUUCUGGAUGCCUUAGCAGCUCUACUAGCGUGAAAUUAUUUUAGUAAUUUAAUUGACGUAAUCUUCCUUAUAUUUAUUUUUCUAAAAUAGUAGUACAAAAUUACGAUAACAAUAUUUUUUUAAAAAUCCGACAGAGACCGGUUAUUAAGUAUUCUUUAUUUCUCUCAACAUGCUAUAACUGACUAGUGCAAAUUAGUAAUGUGUUUUAUAUAUAAUUAACGACAGAUAUAUGUAACUUCAUUCAUCUGUACAAAGAACUGUUGAUUUUUGAAAUUUUCUAAGAGAUGAUUGGCUAAAACUACUUCUCGAGAAUACAACGAAUCAACUGAUUUCAACUUAAUGAAAAAGAUCAAUUGUUAUGUAAUAAAUCAAUUGUAAUGUAA